AUACGAAGCUUCCGACAUGAUGUUUCAUUGCUCUGCCCUUUCACACAGCCUGGUGAUCUUAUCGUGACUCUUAUGCUCUGAUCCCCAGCUGCCCUCUUUUCUUUCCUCUAGGAAACUUCCCCAGAAUCUGCGCUUGGUCGUCUCUGAUUCCAAUCUUGUACUUUGAUCCAUCUCGGUUUUUCCUUUCUUAGAAAUUUCUGGGUCGUUACAGCUUAUGGUGGGUUUUGGGUUUUGAAUGGAUCUGAUUGAACCACUCAGGAGUCUGGCUGGUGUGUCUUCAGACCGUGCUUGACAUGAGAAGGCGCAGGAAUGAGAAUUGAGAGGUUCAAGGUGGAAGUUUUUGUAUGUUUGGUCGGUGGGGUGGAUGUUCCUUACCCUUUUCGGCAUUAGAAGUUGGGAUUUGUUGGUUGAUAAGUGUUCCAAUAAGUCGGCGCUCUGUAUUUUUCUCCAAUAGGAUCUUGCAGCUGAAUUAUUCUUCAGAUUAGCGUUUUUCCUCGAUAAACUGUUUUGUAUCACCUUCCAAUUUUUGGUUGCUUUUGUUUCUUGGCUCGUGGUGGUAAAGUCAACAGGACCUCAACCGUCAGUACAUCACAUCCUACUUGCUAGCGAUCCCGUUUGUUGGUGAUUAAAAACCUUGUGGGAAUCUAACAGGAAACUAUAAGAGCACCGUGAAGUUAGAUGUUAUGUGAGCCAUGAUUUCCCCGCAGAUAUUCUAGAUUUACUUUAGUUUUCGAGUCGAUUGAUGGCACAUUCAGCAGAACCUUCAUCAUCUUUAAGCUUUACCUCGUCUUCCCACUUAUCAAAUGGCUCUGUCAGCCACAACAUGUGCUCUUCCCACGGUGCUGAACCUUUACCAAACCUUGAAGCGCUCAGUUUGAGUAAGCUUAGCUCAAGUUUGGAGCAGCUUUUGGCUGAUUCUGAUGUUGAUUAUAGUGAUGCUGACAUCGUUGUUGAAGGAGAAACGGUUGGUGUUCAUCGAUGUAUUCUAGCCUCUAGAAGCAAGUUUUUCCGCACAUUAUUCAAGAGAGAUAAAGGAUCUUCACAGAAAGAAGGAAAAUUUAAGUAUUGCAUGAAUGAUUUGCUGCCACAUGGCAAGGUGGGACUUGAAGCCUUUCACAUAUUCUUGUUCUAUAUAUAUACAGGAAAACUCAAGCCCUCUCCAAUGGAAGUGUCAACUUGCGUUGAUAAUUUUUGUGCCCAUGAUGCCUGUAGACCAGCAAUAAAUUUUGCUGUGGAGUUGAUGUACGCCUCUUCCAUCUUUGAAAUACCAGAAUUGGCAUCACUUUUUCAGCGACGCCUCACUAAUUUCAUAGGGAAGGCUUUUGUGGAGGAUGUCAUCCCAAUACUUACUGUUGCUUUUCAUUGUCAAUUGAGUCAACUUGUCGCCCAAUGUGUUGAUAAGAUAGCACGAUCAAACCUUGAUCAAAUCUCCAUUGAGAAAGAGCUUCCCUUAGAACUUGCAGAUAAAGUUAAACUGCUCCGCCGCAAUUACCUUCAUGAUGUUGAAAACAACACCUCUGUAGUUGAUGACCCAAUACGUCAGAAGAGAAUUACUAGAAUACAUAAGGCUCUAGACUCAGAUGAUGUUGAGCUUGUUAAACUGCUUUUAACUGAAUCAGAGAUAACAUUGGAUGAAGCCAAUGCUCUUCACUAUGCUGCAGCCUACUGUGACCCUAAGGUUGUUUCUGAGGUUCUAGCUUUGGGGGAGGCUGAUGUCAAUCUUCGGAAUUCUCGAGGCUACACUGUGCUUCACAUUGCUGCCAUGCGUAAGGAGCCUUCAAUUAUAGUAUCCCUUCUAACAAAGGGGGCUUGUGCAUCAGAGGCGACCUUUGAUGGUCAAAGUGCUGUUAGCAUCUGUAGGAGGUUAACAAGACCAAAGGACUAUCAUACAAAAACAGAACAGGGGAAAGAAACGAACAAAGAUCGCAUAUGCAUUGAUGUUCUUGAAAGAGAAGUCCUGAGAAAUCCAAUGGCUGGGGAUGCUAUAAUUUCUUCCCACACAAUGGCUGAUGAUCUGCACAUGAAGCUACUAUAUCUUGAGAACAGAGUGGCAUUUGCGAAACUAUUCUUCCCUUCAGAAGCCAGAUUGGCUAUGGACAUUGCGCAUGCUCAGACAGCAUCCGAGUUUGCAGGUCUUUCUACAUCAAAAGGGUCAAAUGGGAAUUUGAGGGAGGUCGAUCUAAAUGAGACUCCCCUGGCGCAGAAUAAAAGACUUCGUGCUAGGAUGGAUACCCUUAUGAAAACAGUUGAGAUGGGCCGGCGCUAUUUUCCUCAUUGCUCGGAAGUGCUUGACAAGUUCAUGGAGGAUGACCUGCCUGAUUUGUUUUACCUGGAGAAGGGCACCCCAGAUGAGCAGAAAAUCAAGAGAGCACGUUUCAUGGAGCUCAAAGACGACGUUCAGAAGGCUUUCAGCAAGGACAAAGCUGCUGGGCUUCCCUCAUCAUCAUCCUCAUCAUCUUUGAGAGGCUCUGUAAAUUACAAGGCUAGGAAAGUUUGAAAAGAUGCUUUAGCUUCUUUUUCUCUGUUUUAUGGUUUUGCGUUCAUGAUGUAAAAGACCCGAUCAAAGGUGAUAUGACUCCCUAGUGUAAAAAUAGAGAAGGAAGAGAUGUUCAUAUUUCACUUGUGUAGCUUAUCGUGCACAAGGAUUUUGAAGCACGAUAUGCAGAAUUGACCUAAGCCUUGUGAAUCAUAAUCGCUGUCCACAGCUCUGGCAGGGCAUUGUGUAACUGAACGUGCGCAGUAUUUUUUUUUUUUCAAGUAACAAGGAAACAGCACAACAUACUGUUUAAGAGUAAUUCAGUUCUUGCAGUUGCGGAGCCA